GUCCCAUUACUGGCUUGUUUCCCUCUCAAUGCAGGAGGGGCGGGCAAGUUCGCCGUGAUAGGAAGUCCCGCCCCGGAGACGGAAGUGCGCCGCCAUGGUGGCGUCUCUGCCUCCGCGGUAUGUCAGGCACCUUUUGUCCGUGCUGCGGUCCCAAAAUGUGCCCCGGUAUUUGCAAAAUGGGGUUCCACGGGAUGUGCUGCUCUUCCAGCACGAGCGGGGCCGCUUCUUUGCCAUCCUUGGACUGUUUUGUGCGGGUCAGGGCAUCUUCUGGACCUCCCUGGCUGUUGCAGCCUUGUCCAGACCUCUGAGCCGAGUACCUGCGGAGGCUCCCAACCGGAGCUACCAGGACCUGCGCUUCGCACUCUGGCGCUACGGGCUGGCUGUUGGUUGCGGCACGAUGGGAGUCUUGGUCCUUGGUGCUGGUCUCCUCUACUCACUCCGAUCUGUGCGGUCAGUCAUGCUCCUUGCAGGAGGGCAGCAGGUGACAUUGACCACCUAUGCCCCCUUUGGCUUGGGUACCUGUUUCACAGUUCCCUUGAACCAGAUUUCCUGCAUGGCUCACAGAGGUGAAGUUCCUGCUAUGCUGCCUCUGAAAGUCAAAGGCCGGAGCUUCUACUUCCUUUUGGACAAAGCUGGACACUUUCCCAACACUCAACUCUUUGAUAACACUGUGGGUGCCUACCGGAGCCUGUGAAAAAUGGCUUACCCUUCUCAGACGAUGCAAAACCCUUAGGGAUGAGGAGACUACCAGGACAAUAAAAAGGUGCCCCGAAUUCACUAACAGCCAAUAAAUCUCUUCCAAAAGGCUUGAUA